AGAAAACCCUCCUUAUAAAUUGCGAAAACAUCGUCAACCUCUUCACUCCACUCCCCCAUCUCGCUAAUCGCUCUUUUAAAUCUCACUUUUUUUUUUCUAAUUUAUUUUCUCAAUUCAAUGGCGGAAUCGGAAGCCACUCCGCUGCCCUCCGAUCAACUUGUUUUGGAAAAUGAGGAGAAGAAGCUGAAAUAUCUGGAUUUCGUGCAAGUGGCGGCGGUGUACAUCGUGGUAUGCUUCUCGACGCUCUACGAAUAUGCCAAGGAGAAUUCCGGUCCGUUGCGGCCCGGAGUUCAGACCGUUGAAGGAACCGUCAGAACCGUCAUCGGACCGGUCUACGAGAAAUUCCAUAAUGUUCCCUCCGACCUCCUCAACUUCAUCGAUCGCAAGGUGGAUGAGUCCCUGAUUGAGUUGGACCAUCACGUGCCGGCUCUACUAAAGCAGCUCACAAGCCGAGCUUGGGCCGCGGCCCAGGGGCUGGCAUCAGAGGUACAGCGAGACGGCUUAGCCGAUACGGCUUCAAACAUGGCUAAGAACGCAUGUGCAGAGUAUGGGCCCACAGCCAAGGCGCUCUAUGCUGACUACGAGCCCAUGGCGGAACAGUACGCUGUGGCUGUUUGGCGUGCACUGAACGACCUCCCGCUGUUCGCUCAAGUGGCGCACAUCAUGGUCCCGACGGCCGCACAUUGGGCCGAGAAGUACAAUCAGGGAGUGUCGGAUGCGGAGGAGAAGGGCUACGCGCUGUCGCGCUACUUUCCAAUGAUCCCCGUCGAGAGGAUCGCCAAAAUGUUCGGGGCUGAGACCGAGCCGGAUGUUUCCAACAACGUUGGAUACGUCACCGUUUCUUAGUAGUCUUCGUGUCUUGUUUGGAUGGAUUGUAGUAAUUUUUGUGUUUCGAUUGCAUGAUCAUCCAAUGCUUCCAUGUAUUGUUUUGAGAUUUGGAUUGAAUUUAAAUAUCUCUAAUUGAGUCUAUCUUGUUGCCUUA